CUCACCCACACGAACACAACACAAACCCCUAUAGAAGAAUCAUGUACCACUCAUGACCUAAUCACUCCAUUUCUCGAGCUUCGAAAGUAGCUUCCCGGACACACGCACACACAUACUCCUCGAUCGUCGCAGCAGCACCAUUGUUACGGCCGGCUAGCCAGUGAGUUGCAAUGGCGACUGCUCCUGCUGCCCCGGAUCUAUCGCUCCACAUCAGCCCGCCGUCAGCAACUAACGUCGGCGGCGACGAAAUGGCCAUCACUGCAGAGUCCACGAAGCUUUGUCUAGGGCUGGACAUGGUGACGGCGCCGCGCAAUGGCCACUCCGACCUUCAGCAGCGUCUGCACCAACCUAGCCAGAUCCCGAGAUUCAAGAAGAGCUCCUGUGACAGCCAGGCGGGCUCCUCCGGCGGUGCAGCAAGAUCUGGUACUGGUGCUGGUGGCAAGAAGAGCUCCAGGGCUCCACGGAUGCGGUGGACGACGGCGCUCCAUUCGCAUUUCGUGCAAGCCGUCCAGCUUCUUGGUGGCCAUGAGAGAGCAACACCAAAAUCAGUGUUGGAGUUGAUGAACGUGAAGGAUCUCACACUGGCUCAUAUGUACAGAACAGUGAAGGGAACUGCUGCAGACAGAUCAUGUGCUGCAGGCCAUGUCCAGAUGAGAGAUAUGGGCUUCCUGAGGAGAGGUGGUGAAGUGGAUAGCUUUGACGUGUUUGGCAACAUCACUUCAAGUUGCAGAAGACAGCCGUGGACGUCGCGGCCGGUGGAGCAGCUGCCGUACCUCCAGCAGCAAGCCAGCGGCGGGAUGCAGCUACCUAGCCCCUACCUCAUGUCCAUUCAGCAAUACUUCAUGAAACAAAACCAGGGAUGGAGGGGCGGCGGUGCAUUACAGCAAGAUGGUGCGCUCCAGCGCCCAGGGCAGGACAAAGGACAGCGUCUGCGUGUAGAUGCAGGCCAUGAUGAAACGGACAGGAUUAGAUCGUCCGCCGCAGGUCUUGCAAAGAGAUGGUCGUCGUCGUCAUCGUCGUCACCAUCGCUGUCGCCCUCACUACAGUUGAACGGCAGGAGUGCCGGCAGCGCCGCAGAGCAAGCAUGCACGAAGCAGCAGCACGCGUCAUCAAGGAUACCGAGCCUGGAGAUGAGUCUGGGGAGGCAGGGGUGGCAAAAUGGCAUGGAGCAACAGCAGCGGCAGGGACAGCGCAGCGUCGAGUCCUCGGCGUCCAAAGAGCUAACUCUACUAAAGUGCUUGUGAUAAUAUCUGAUACUAUCACUGAUUUUAAUUCCAUAGAGUGAGAGUGAAAAUUAGAAUAAGAUCAAGAUGCUAGCUGCUUCCUUUUCUAAA